CGCCGUCGCACUUCUCGCCGAGAUCACCCGAGAUCACCCGAGAUUGACCGAGAUGACCCGAGAGUAGGCAACGCUGUCGGGCCUCUCGCCGCCAUCCUCGCGACGCCGGCGGAGGGCCCGGUGGCGCUCGCGCCCGCGGUGCCGCCCACCGCUAUGCUGUGCGGCGCCGGCGCUUUCGUCGUCGGCAUCCUGACGCUCGGAGAGCGCACAAUCUCGACCGUGGGGUCGAAGAUCACGACCCUCACUCCGCACCGCUCCUUCGCCACCCAGACGGGCGCCGCAGUCGCCGUCCUCUCCUCCUCCGCGUGCGGGCUGCCCGUCUCCACCUCGCACUGCCUUGUCGGCGCCGUGGUCGGCGUCAGCCUCGCCGAGAAACUCUGCGGCGUGCCUAACACCGGCCUCGACCUGACCGUGCUGAGCAAGAUCGUCGUUGGCUGGGUCGUCACGAUCCCGCUCGCCGCGGCGGUCGCCGCCGCCGCAUUCGUGCUGCUCAGCUGGCUCACUUGCCCGCACCGGCCGUACAAUGAGGGCGGCGAGAUUCUUCACAAUGCCACCGCGCGGGGUGAGUGAUGAUUUUCGUUGGCCAGGGACGCGCGCCCGGUCUGAGUCCGCAGCGUUCUUGCGUGAGUUGUGUGUAUCUGUG